AUGGCAACCUUAAAAGCGAGUACUAAUAAUACGAGAAAUGUAAUGAAUGGAAUUGGCGAGGAACGAAUAAUCUUAAAUGUUGGUGGAAUAAAAUAUGAAACGUAUCGUAGCACGUUAACAGCCUUCCCGACAACUCUCCUCGGCAUAAUGUUUCAUGAAAGAAACAGUGCACUACUACAUCCCACUAAUGGCAAUGAAUAUUUUAUCGAUCGAGAUGGUCAUCUAUUCUGGUACAUUAUUCAAUUCUAUCGCACCGGAAAAAUAUAUUGGCCCGAUGAACGUAGUUCCUCAAAUAAUUGCGCAACUACACUCUCGCUUCACCAUCAUCACAAUCAAAUACCAAUUUCUCGUGAAUCGCUCGAAGAUGAAAUGGAUUACUUUCAAAUUCCCCUGAUUCCCCGCGAAUCGGACACAAUAUCAUUCACCGCUGCAUCAUCAAUACGAUCUUUUUCAUCGCUCACACCACAUCCGGCCGUCCUAAAACUCGACUCAUUCGUCGCCGCAUUACGCGAAAUAAUUUUCGAGUUGAUUGCAAUCUUCGAGAAGAGUAUUCGAAUCACAUUUCAAAAAAAUCGUGGUCCCCCUUACUUCUACUUCGGACAAUCCACAGAUCAUGAUGCUGCCAUCUCGGAAACUGUCAGGGAUAUCAUCAAUCCGUUUGGAAGUGUUGGGUAUACCAUUUUGGGAAAAUUUGGCACAGAGAUUGGACUUUAUUUGGAGAAUGAGCAGCCGGGAUUAAAGUGGAAAUACGAAGAUUACGCGAAUCUCAACUCUAGAAGUGUGCGUAUGUCGUUGACUGAUGUUAUGUAUGGCGAUGAUGAAGUGUUGAAAAAUUCGUGUCUUUGUAGAAACGGAUUAUAG